AUGUUCCACAGUGAGCUAUUAGGAUCUCUGGGAAUAACAGAGAGUUCGGAUCGGAGGAAGUGCAUCCGUAGGAACUUAAAGAUGGUGAUGGAACAGCUGGAGGAAGUCCUCACUGAGCUGAAGGAUGUGGCUAGAGAGCUUAGAGAGGUAGUGGCUCAAAUUGACAACCUGACAGCCUACAUUGACGUGGACAUUGAAGAGGACACAGAGGAUGACAAACGUUCUCUGACUUGCAGAAACAGCAGCGAGAGAGCACUAGGGAACCUUUUCAAAGCUGAGGCUUAUUCUGAAAGCAAUGGCCUAACCCACUUAUUACACAACUGUGACUCUGCGAAAUUAAAAGUACCAGUUCUGUACCGACGGAGCUGUGGAGACUUACCUGCCCUAAAUGGACCCACAUGGCCAAAUGCUUCUUGGCUCUUUGGCAGGAGGGAGGAAACACGUUCAUACGACAGUGUAGAGCAUCAUGCUCUAUGCUGUGAUGAUGAUGAUUUUGAUGAAGAAAGUGGUGGCAGGAGAGCCUCCAGAUUCUCUUCCAGUGACUCUGUGUUUUCAUCCUCUCCUCUGCGGCCUCCGAGGUUAGGUCCUGCCUCGACGCCCAGAUCAGGACGCAAAUAUCACUUGAGUCCAGUUUCGAAGAAAAAAGCCUUGCGAAGCUGUAGCACUCAAACAGUUUGCGAUAAGAGCACACAAACUGCAUCACCCCACAGUCCUGCCAGGCAACGAGCUGCAUCAGAACAUAAGCACUAAAAACUUUAUCUAGAUGUAAUUGCUCAUACGAAAAGAACUGUGCUAUGCUUAUGCAUGCUUACAGAUAAAUAUUGAUGGACUUUUUAUUUUGUAUUCAUGACAUGAUAGUUUUUUGGGUAAAAGCAUAACAUUUAAAUUCCUAAUACAAUUCCCCUGAAAAUGAAUACCAUUCCUUGGCUAACUAACUACUGAAACUAAUUUAAGUAUCCAAUUUAAAUAGAAUACGUAGUAGAAUACGUUGAAGUAGAGAAUUUCUCAAUGAUACAAAAAGAAUAAAUAGCCCAUGUUGUUUUACUUUUAUAAACCUGACUAUCCACCGAUCAGCCAUAACAUUAUGACCAGUGCCAGGUGAAGUGAAUAAGACUGAUGGUCUCCUCAUCAUGGCACCUGUUAGUGGGUGGGAUAUAUUAGGCAGCAAGUGAACAUUUUGUCCUCAAAGUUGAUGUGUUAGAAGCAGGAAAAAUGGACAAGUGUAAGGAUUUGAGCGAGUCUGAUGAAGGGCCAAAUUGUGAUGGCUAGACCACUGGAUCAGAGCAUCUCCAAAACUGCAGCUCUUGUGGGGUGUUCCCGGUCUGCGGUGGUCAGUAUCUAUCAAAAGUUGUCCAAGGAAGGAACAGUGGUGAACUGGUGACAGGGUCAUUGAUGGAUGUGGGGAACGAAGGCUGGCCUGUGUGAUCUGAUCUAACAGACAAGCUACUGUUGCGCAAGAAGAUUGCUGAAGAAGAAUACUGGUUCUGACAGAAAGGUGUUUGCAGUUUGUUGCGUCUUGGCAGCAAAAUGGCGACCAACACAAAAUUAGCCAGGUGGUCAUAAUGUUAUGCCCGGUCGGUGUAUAACCCAGUUACACAACCUCAAUGAAAUUGAAAGCCCAAACCGACAAGUAUUUAAUCUCAAGACCCACCUUAUCCUGACCAGGGUGCCAGGAAAUACAACCUGGAUGGGGCACCAUUCCACCACAGGGUACUAUACACAUACACAUUCACACUCAUUCAGGUGGGAGGAAAAAAGAAAAGACUCAAAACAUACAGUAACCCAAGCUCAGGCUCAAACAGAGAGGUGUGAUGUAGCUACGAUAUGUUCUGUGCCACUGUGCUGAAACAACUACUAGGAAAUGAAUCAGUGAUAUCAGUUCUUGUGUAUUACAGGCAUACCAAGUUUGUGUUCAAGCAAAACAGUAGAGGAGCUUUGGUCCUUAAUUUAAAGAAGAAUUCUUGUAUAGUAUGAAUACAAUUAUUUUGAAACAUAUAAGUCAGUGUUUCAUGAACAUAAUUCACCCUACAGUCUUUAUAUUUCUCACCACAGAUUCAAUGAACUGCAACAAAAGACCUUUGCUUAUCUUCCAUGUCUUGUUUUUCCUGCAUGUCAGAAUUUGCAGUCUCUAAUCAUAAUUUCUGAUAAGGUCAUUAAUGGAAUCACACAAUGUCUAUUACACUCU